CAGUUAUUGAAAACAGCUGUUGUACUUUCACACACUCACUUGAAGCAUCAUUUCGUCGCAUUCCAAAUAAAAAAGAAAAAGUACAGAAACAUGGCUUCGACAGCUCCGGUUAUCAUGAGAAUUAUGGCGUCUUCCAUACAGACAGCCAAACGUGCGGGUGGCAUCAUUCGCGACGUGUUGAAACAAGGCGACCUGGGCAUCGUGGACAAAGGAAAAAAUGAUCCCCAAACGGAGGCUGAUCGUUCGGCACAGCGGUGCAUCAUUGCCUCGCUGGCGAAGAAGUUUCCCAGCGUCAAGAUCAUUGGCGAGGAAGGUGGCUCCGAUCUGAAUGUGUGCGAUGAUUGGCUGGUGGAGGAUUCUGAUGAACAAUUUCUUCAGCAAAGCUGCCCGGCCGAAUGGCGUGAUGCCAAACCGGAGGAUUUUGUGAUCUGGGUAGAUCCACUGGAUGGAACAGCUGAAUACACGCAGGGUUACGUGGAGCAUGUCACUGUACUCAUUGGCAUUGCCAUCAAGGAUGCUGCGGUGGGCGGCAUCAUUCAUCAGCCUUUCUACCAGCAGCCAGAUGGUGAGCUGGGUCGUACCAUUUGGGGACUCAAGGGUCUGGGCACAGGCGGAUUCACACAUUCGCUGGCCCCGCCCGGCGAGUUCAUCAUUACCACCACACGAUCGCAUUCCAAUGCCCUGCAUCAGCAGGCGCUCAAUGCAUUUCCUGCCACCAAAGUUAUCAAAGUGGGCGGCGCUGGAUUCAAGGUGUUGCAGCUGCUAGAGGGCAAGGCUCACGCUUAUGUGUUUGCCACACCGGGCUGCAAGAAAUGGGACACCUGCGCACCCGAGGCCGUGCUGGAGGCACAGGGCGGCUUCCUCACCGACAUCAAUGGCGAGCAUUAUGCCUACAACGCAGAUGUGGAGCACGUGAAUCGUGAAGGCGUGCUGGCCAGCGUCGGCGAGAAUCACUCCGAGUUGGUGUACAAAAUUCCACGCAAGGUGCGGGAGGCUGUGGGCGUAUGAAUGCGGACUAACUUUCAUCACUUGAUUAGUUUAUUUUCGACUAAAAGUAAACACAUAACUUAAGCGAUAA